AUGGGAGAACCCCGGGCUGGGGCCCCCCUGGACGAUGGCAGCGGCUGGACGGGCAGCGAGGAGGGCAGUGAGGAGGGCACUGGCGGCAGCGAGGGAGCUGGGGGAGACGGGGGCCCAGAUGCCGAGGGCGUGUGGAGCCCAGACAUAGAACAGAGCUUCCAGGAGGCCCUGGCCAUCUACCCGCCCUGUGGCCGGCGGAAGAUCAUCUUGUCCGAUGAAGGCAAGAUGUAUGGUCGGAACGAACUGAUCGCCCGCUAUAUCAAGCUGAGAACAGGGAAGACUCGAACUCGCAAACAGGUCUCUAGUCACAUCCAGGUUUUGGCCCGAAGGAAAUCGAGGGAAAUCCAGUCCAAGCUUAAGGCGCUCAAUGACCAGGUUUCCAAGGAGAAGGCCUUCCAGACAAUGGCCACCAUGUCCUCGGCCCAGCUCAUCUCGGCACCUUCCCUGCAGGCCAAACUGGGCCCCGCCAGCCCACAGACCUCUGAGAUUUUCCAGUUUUGGUCAGGGGGCUCCGGGACCCCCUGGAAUGUUCCAGACGUGAAGCCGUUCUCACAGACGCCAUUCUCCUUGUCUCUGACGCCCCCAUCCACUGACCUCCCAGGGUACGAGCCCCCACAAGCCCUCUCCCCCCCAGCCUUGCCCCCACCUGCCCCAUCACCCCCAGCCUGGCAGACUCGGGCCUUGGGCACUGCCCGGUUGCAGCUGGUAGAAUUCUCGGCCUUCGUAGAACCACCGGAUGCUGUAGAUUCUUACCAGAGGCACCUGUUCGUUCACAUCAGCCAGCACUGCCCCAGCCCCGGAGCUCCCCCACUCGAGAGCGUGGAUGUCCGGCAGAUCUACGACAAGUUUCCCGAGAAGAAGGGAGGUCUGCGCGAGCUGUAUGACCGUGGGCCCCCCCACGCCUUCUUCCUCGUCAAGUUCUGGGCGGACCUGAAUUGGGGCCCGAGCGGCGAGGAGGCGGGGGCCGGCGGCGGCAGCGGCAACAGCAGCGGUGGCUUCUACGGCGUGAGCAGCCAAUAUGAGAGCCUAGAACACAUGACCCUCACCUGUUCCUCCAAGAUCUGCUCCUUUGGCAAGCAGGUGGUGGAGAAGGUAGAGACGGAGCGUGCGCAGUUGGAGGAUGGGCGCUUCGUGUACCGCCUGCUGCGCUCGCCCAUGUGCGAGUACCUGGUGAACUUCCUGCACAAGCUGCGGCAGCUGCCCGAGCGUUACAUGAUGAACAGCGUCCUGGAGAACUUCACCAUCCUCCAGGUGGUGACAAACAGAGACACCCAGGAGCUACUGCUGUGUACCGCCUACGUCUUUGAGGUCUCCACCAGUGAGCGCGGAGCCCAGCACCACAUCUACCGCCUGGUCAAGGACUGA